AUGAAUUCUAUAUGGGUCAUUGUCGACCGAUUGACAAAGUUCGCCCACUUCCUGCCCGUGAAGACCCAAUAUAAUGCAGAUAAACUUGCUGUGAUCUAUGUGAAUGAAAUUGUAAGGCUUCACGGUGUUCCGGUCUUAAUUGUGUCAGAUAGAGAUCCAAAAUUUGUUUCAAGGUUCUGGCAAAGCCUACAGGAUGCAAUGGGUACAGAACUAAAGUUUAGCACAGCUUUCCACCCUCAAACAGAUGGGCAAUCCGAGAGGACGAUUCAGACGCUAGAAGAUAUGCUUCGAAUGCCAUUGUUAGGGCCAGAGAUUGUCCAGUUAACAACUGAAAAAGUUAGAAUUAUUCGAGAAAGACUGAAAACUGCCCAAAGUAGACAGAAGAGUUAUGCAGAUAACCGGCGAAGGAAUUUGGAGUUUGACGUGGACAGUCAUGUUUUUGUGAAAGUUACCCCAAUGAAAGGACAUCCAAGAUUCGGAAAAAUGGGUAAACAGACACCCCGAUAUGUUGGUCCCUUCCAGAUCUUAGAAAAAGUGGGUCCAGUAGCCUACCGAGUUGCCCUUUCGCCACAUAUGAGUCAGAUUCAUAACGUGUUCCAUGUUUCUAUGCUUCGAGGAUACCUUCCAGAUCCGUCACAUGUUAUUGAUUAUCACCAAAUUGUGUUGACUGACAAGUUAACAUACAAGGAAAAACCAAUUUGA